AUGGCGUGUGCGGUGCUGCUGCGUGAGGUGCCGAACCUGCGGGACUCGCCGAUGCCGCAACAUGCCGCCGCUCUCGUCUCAGACGCAGCCAACAGCAACAAGAGUAGUGGCGGUGGUGCUACACGGCAGUGCGAUCGGCAUCUGCUGGGCGACGCACCGAAGAUGCCCAACGCCUAUCUGUCGCGGGCGUGGGCGAUGCUGAUGCGGAUCGGCUCUGUCCUCGAGGAGUUUCAGUGCCUCGAGCUGGCGGCGAAUUACUUUGAGCUCGCCGCCGUUAUUCUUGUGCAGGAGGAGCACACACCAACGCGGACGCAGUUGCUCUCCAACCCCAGCGAUGGUGGUGCCGUUGAGGACGGCAGCAAGAGUGGCAAGGGUGUGCUGAAGGGGUCCUUCGCGGCAUCACUCAGCGAGCACGCCUCCGCUGCGAAGACAGUGACCAAAAGUCUCUGGGGACGUGUGGGAGGGGCGCUGAACCAACUGAAGGAAGGCAAGCAGCAGCAGCAGCAGUCAUCCUCAUCGCUGCCAUUCCCAGACGCAGACAAAAGCGUCGGUUCGGUGUCAGGCGGGCCACUGCAGUGUGCGUUGGAGGUGUACCCGCGCACCCUUCUCUAUGAAUUCAGUAUUGCCCUCCACCGCGCGGCGAUGGUGAGCGCUGUGGCGCGGGAUUACCCAUGCACGCUGCUCUACACCGACACGCUGCUGCAGACGCUGGCAGCAGAAGCGCAGCGGCGACGCCCCACGCACGACCCACCGCUCUUUCCACAGGCAUUCACGCAGUGCGGUGAGGCGGAACAGCAGCAGCAGCAGCAGCAAGGGCAAAGUGUGGGAGAAGCGUGCAGUGAAGAAAAUAACGAAGCAUGUAUAGGCGCCACCUCCCACUUCACAGUUCUCCCCACUGUGGCGUUUGUGCCACCUCCGAAGACGACGUUGAAUGCGUUUGCGUUUAUUUUGACGCACCUGUCGCGCUGGGUGCAACUUAUUGUGCUGAAGGUGUACAUCCUCCUGCUGCAUGACGGGGAAGGCAGCAGCAAAGAUGAUGAUGGAAAGAAGUGUGCCACGCCUGCUGAAGCCGUACUGGUGGAGAUUGGCGUGCUGUUCGAUUUGGCCGGCGAGAUGCGGCGUGUUGGGCGUGGCGUCAUUCAACUCGGGGCGGCGAACGCUGCAGCGUCUGCUGCUGGUGAUGGCAGGAGCAGUGACGGUAAAAGGAAGCCGUCGUUGUCGCACCGACGGAGCACAUCAGCAGUCGGGAAAGAUUCGGCACUGUGCAUCGCCUCACACUGCUUGACCACAACGAGCAGCAGCGAUGACACGCCUGCGGCGCAACAAGAGCCAUGUACACACCAACAGGAGGAGCGGCAGAAGCCACAAGAGCCACUCAACGGCAAGGCAAUAGCAGCCAGGGCGUUGGCGCGCCGUCUGCUGCAAAGCGACGCGCUCCGGCAACUUCGUGCCCGUGCUGCAGCAGCUGGACCAACACCGAGGGAUGCGGAGCAGCAGCAGCAGCAGUUUGAGGCGGUGGGAGAUGGUGACGAAAGCGGCAACGAGGGAGCGUGUGACACACCGCACGAGGCAUCGUCGCACAGCAACGACAGUGAGAGUGCGUGUGAUGACUUGCACCUGCGUCGAAUCGCCGCCGCUCUGCAAGUCGUGUGCGCUCGAGUGCAGCGCUACGCCCACGACCCCGCUUCUGUGGAGAAGGCGCCGUCCGAGCAUGCGGGCCUGCGCCGUGCUGUGGCGGCUGUGGACGCGCGGCUGACUGCGGUGGGCAUGCGCUCACGCACGCUGACGAUUAUGGGCCAGCGGCUGCUGCGAGGGGUCUUCUACCCCGUCGGCGCUGCAGGGCCUGGCGCACACUAA